CUUCCUAAACCCUUCCUGAGUCUGAAGGCUUCAGUUGCACUAGCUUCAUCCCUAAAACCUACCCACACCGAGUUCGCUCAGAAGCCAUAACUGAGUUCGCAACUCGGUCCCUCUUACAUUGAACCAUGCAAGUGCUAUCCAAUGCUCGCCGCGUCUCUCGGCUUCUGCAAUCUCCGAUCUCCCUUUCGUCUCACCUUCCGAACUCGCAACCACCGAUUUUCUCAGGGCUCGCACAACCUAAUCACUGGCAAGUGAAAACUGGACCAUUGCAUUUCUUCGUUUCAAAUGCUUCUUUCACUUCUGGAUGGGAACCUCUUCAAGCGACUCCAACAGAGGCUGUGAAGGAACUCUAUGAUAAAAUGCUUGAAUCUGUAAAUACGAAACGAUCAAUGCCGCCGAAUGCGUGGUUGUGGCAAAUGAUUGCAAAUUGUAAACACCAGCACGAUAUUGGACUUCUGUUCGAAAUUUUGCAGAAGCUCCGCACAUUUAGGUUGUCGAAUCUUCGUAUUCAUGACGAUUUUAAUUGCAAUCUAUGUCGAGAAGUUGCUAAAGCAUGUGUUCAUGCCGGAGCGCUUGACUUUGGGAAGAAGGCUUUGUGGAAGCAUAAUGUCUAUGGACUUGCACCAAGUGUUGCAUCCGCUCACCAUUUACUGACGUAUGCUAAGAACCACAAUGAUACGAAACUGUUGGUAGAAGUAAUGAAACUUUUGAAAAGGAAUGAUGUGCCAUUGCAACCAGGCACAGCAGAUAUAGUUUUCAGCAUUUGUUACAAUACAGAUGAAUGGGACUUGAUUAAUAAGUAUGGAAAAAGGUUCGUGCUGGCUGGUGUAAAACUACGUCCAACCUCGAUUGACACAUGGAUGAAAUUUGCUGCCAAAAGAGGAGACACUGAAUCAUUAUGGAAAAUAGAAAAGAUGAGAUCUGAUACAAAGAAGCCGCACACGUUGGCAACUGGAUUUUCUUGUGCUAAGGGUCUCCUGUUGGAACACAAACCCAGUGAGGCAGCAGCCAAAAUUCAAGUUCUAAAUCAGACUUUGUCUGAUGCUAAGAAGUCAGGCAUCAAGGAUGAACUUCAGAAGCUUAUAUCCGAGUGGCCUUUGGAAGUUAUUAAGCACAAAAAAGAAGAGGAAAGAAAGACAUUAGCAGCCUCUUUGAAAUCUGAUAUCCGUGCCAUGGUUAGUGAUUUACUGAACACGGGACUUGAGGUAAACUUUAGUUUGGAAGAAUUGAACAGCAAAGAAGGGAUUCCACAAUAACAUGAGUUCAGAAUUUGAUAAGGUCAUGUUACCGAAUAUGCUUAUUGGAGGAGUAUCUCCUUACCAGGAUGCUUCCUAGCAUUAGUUAGAUACAGUGUCUCUGAUCAUAGCAAAUAUUGAGUACUAAUUUGAAGUUAAUUUUUUUUUGCUUCCAUUCUUGCUAUUUAUUGAUGUAUCAUGUGCCAAAAGUGCUUAAGGUUUUGGUAGCAUCUUAUUGGCGUUUAGCUGGUGUUUCAAGAACUGAAUUCUGGGUGUUAGUUGAUUAUGUUGGAACGAGAAUAAUCUGGCAUGUCUCUCUA